AUGGCAUUCUAUAAGAAGGAGGACGAAAGCGCUUCCGGGCUGAGCUCGUACCCUAGCAAUCAAACGACCAUCAUCCAGGAAGCCCUCGUCUUCAGCGAAGCUCCAAUCAGCCCCCCGCAAAUGUCGAGCGCUGCUUACGCGCAUCGUCCUAAAGAUAGCGCCCUGCGGCAGGCGGUAUACCUGACCAUUAAGGAACUCGCAACGACCACGGAAAAUGUCAUAAGGCUACCGAGCAGCAUCCAAAAAGACAUGCAACCCAACGCGGAGGUUAUCUAUCGGCCCAAUGCCAUUCGGGCCCUUUGCCAUAUCAUCGACCCUUCUAUGGCUCAAGGUGUCCAACGGUUUUUCAAAGCUGUCAUCGUCGACCGAAACCCUUCCAUUUCAUCUGCUUCGUUGAUCUUGGUAUACCAUAUGCUCCCGCAAGCUAAGGGCGUCGUUAAGCGCUGA